AUGUUUGAUGUUUUCAACGAACCGGGCCGCCGACGCAGCCCGCGCCUGCAUCCGCAGAUCCCCUCUACUGAGGAUGAGGACGGCGACGGGAUGCACCGCCACCGCGGCACCUCACCGGAUCCACCUUCCUCCCUGCCAGACAACGACAAUCUCCUCUGGGAGGUCCUCCUCCGCCUCCCGCCGCAGCCGUCCUCCCUCCCGCGCGCAUCCGCCGUCUGCAAGCGCUGGCGAGGCAUCGUCACCGACCCCAGGUUCCUCCGCUGCUUCUACGCGCACCACCGGAAGCCGCCUCUCCUCGGCGUCUUCCAUUUGCGCUACACCUUCGUCUUCACAUCUUUGCUGGACCCUCCCGACCGCAUCCCUCCUCAGCGAUUCAGCCUCGGCCGCUACGGUUGGGCCUCUCUUGGGAUGGUGAUCGAUUGCCGCCAUGGUCGUGUCCUCGUCCAAGGAAUGAAGGGGAAUGAGGUCAUUGUGUGCGACCCCAUCACCACCAGGCAGCACCGCAUGCCCCUUCCGCCCGAGUUCAGCAAGUCUCCCAUCAGUGCGGCGGUGCUAUGCGCUGCCAGCGAACAGGGCCACGUCCACGGCGGUUGCCACUCGAGCCCCUUUAAGGUUGUCUUGGUGAAUAUGUGCACUCCGAAACCCAUUGCCUCUGUUUACUCCUCUGAGACUGCCACCUGGGGCAACAUCAUCUCAACGGAGUCUCCGGGUAGCCUUUGUAUUACUGCCUAUCAAGGAUCACUUGUUGGUAAUGCGCUCUACUGGUUGCAGCAUGAAAUUGGGAAUGGCAUACUUGCAUUUGAUUUGCAUGACCAGAGUCUAGCUGUUAUCAGGGGACCUACCAUUACAAUCGAUUUCAACCGUGAUGUUGGUCAGAUCAUCCAGGCCGAGAAUGGCGCUCUUGGCUUAGCCGUACUGUCUUACCCUCGCCUCCACAUGUGGCAGAGGAAUGUCAAUGGUCAUGGUGUUGCCACAUGGCUGAUGUGGAAGACCAUUGAAAUACAUACCAUUCUUGGGCUCCCUCCUCAGAUUCCGGAAUACUCCAAGCUGUCGGGAUAUUAUGAGGAUACUGAUGCAAUUUUUAUCUAUGUGGACGGCAAUGCAUACAUGGUUCAACUUCAGUCCAUGGAAUGCAAGAGACUUGAUGGAACCCAUAACAUUAUUAACUUCUAUCCUUUUACGAGUUUCUAUCCACCAGGUGAUUGCUCAUCCUUCUUUACAUAUACAGUAGGAGUAACGCAAUCUACUUAUGUUCUGUACAUGAUUGCUCGAAUACAACUAUUGUGAUUCUUAAACUUAUUAUUAAGCUAUCUCCAAUAGUAGAACUUAUUUUGUAAUUGCCCCUUUCAUAGUUGGAUGAACUUAUAGCCGUAUUAUUUUAGUAUAUGUUAUCUUAUAAUGUAGUUGUCUUGUGUGUUUGAGGAUAUCAAAUCAAACUUCAAAUUAGUAACUCAGUUGGCACGUUUGUAACCACAAACUUAGUUAUGUUUUUUUUAUCCAUUUUGAUUUUGAUCUUGGCAUUAAUCUGAACUCCAUAUUGAAUUAAUACUUCCUAAAAUAAUAGUGAUUUUUUCAUUUGGUUAUGAACCCUUCUGCAGGUCACGGUCACUUGUACAUUUGUAGCAAUAAAAUAAAAUUGAACUUCUUGUCUUGGCAUAAUUCCCAAUAUCACUUUUAUUGCUAGAGUUUGUUGUUUUGGCAUAAUUGGUCUAGUUGACCUGAGGAACAAUGAGUUGCAUGAGAAAAAUAACUAGGCCAUGUCAAUUUUUUCUUCUUACCAGCUAAAUUCUUAGUUACGAGGCAGCUAAGUAGACCGCUUCUAUGAAUAUUCCUUGCAUUUUACUACAGAAGUAGUUUGCUUUUAUCUAUUUCUUGUAUCAAGAGUGACUUAUAAGUGAGUUAUUUUCGGUAAUCCACGGAUGAGCCCAAGCUCAUCUACUCAUGAUGAACAGUAAGAUCCAAAAAAUAGUAAACAAAUUCAAAAAAUUCUGAAAUUUUCUGACAUCCAAGAUGCUCGAGUAUGCUAGGAGCGUGCAAAUUCUCGUUGCGAAAUGACAAUCGAGGGGAUGUAGACAAAAAAUCAGGUCACCAAGGUGCCUUUCUUCAAAGUUUGUUGGAGAGCUGAAUUUUCCUUUUUUGGGGCUCAAGUUACGUUUCCAGCUCAUCUUUCUAACCAAGGUUUUUAAGCCGGCAAGGCAUCUAAAGGUGAUCAACCCCCGCCUUACCGCCUAAGGUGGACAAAAUGCAAAUAUGCUGCCAAGGCGCCUUACCACUUAAGCGAUGCCUAAGCAUUACCUUAUGAACGCCUUAAAAACCAUGUCUCUAACUGUCUCAUGUUGCCUUCUCUUAUUCAUGUGCCUUUAUUCAGGAACUGUUGUUAAUUGCAUGACUUCUCAUAAUUCUAGGCACAACUAUUACUGGUUGAUGCAAUGGAGCUGAACUGUUAGGAUGAUUAUCUGGUUUGAUGUGCUAAUGUGCUGAAACAUUUUAAAUGGUGAAGAAUGGCUGCUGCAGUUGUUAGUUGUCACCGAGUCUGUCGUGUCGCGUCA